ACUGGUAGUUCUGAAACUUUAACUCUCUCAGUCACGCACUUCAUGACGAUCCAUAGUUAUCGUCUGCUCUAUGGACCAUGGAAAACCCUACAGAAACACUCCCAGAAACCCAGGUGAACGGCCCAGAUCCGCCGAACAACCCAGAAACCUCCGCAUCCGGAGAUGGUCUUCUCGCCGAGCUCGAGUCCCUCCGCCAGUCACACCAAGCCCUGCUAUCGAAGUCCGUGGCGAUGGAUGAAGACUCUGAUCUCAUCCGGCAGCAGAGAGACGAUGCCCUGGCUCGCAACAACGAGCUAACCAAAGUCGUCGGAGAAAUUUCCGGCGAGAGAGAGUCGCUUCGCGACGAAAUUCAGAAGCUCGAAGGUUGUCUGAGAGAAAAGGAAGAUGGGUUUGACUCGAAAUUGGAGGAGGAGCUGAAAUUGAAGGAGGUGAUUGAAAACGAGGUGCGAGUUUGUCGGGAGACGAUUGAAAGAUUGGAGCUUGAGAGAAAAGAGAGAGAUGGGUUUUUGCUUAAGUGCUUGGAUUCGCUCCGAUCGAUCAAGGAGGGUAUAAUCGGAAUAAUCGACUGCGUCGGCGACGAAAAGGUAGGGAAUGGAACUGAAGAAGCUGAGGGGACCGGUGCGGAAUCGGAAUCCGACCCAGAGUGGAGGGCGGUUUAUGAGGAGAUUGCGGCGGUUGCGCGGCUGACAGCUUCGGCGGAGGCGCAGGUGAGUGAGUAUAAAGAGCUGAGGAAGAAGGAGAAGAAGGAGUUGGAGAAUAGCGUGGUGAGUCUGACGGAGGAGAACAGAGAUAUCAGCAGCCUGCUAAGGGUUGCUCUGGCGGAGAAGGAGGCGGUGGUGAAGAGGUUGAAGGGAAGCGAGCAGAAGCGGGUGCCUAUUUUGCAGAGAGUUGGGUUUGGGUUUAUAAUGGGAAGUGGGGGCAAUGAGCAGUCGCCGGAGAGUUCCGGGGAUAAGCUGGACGGUGCAGGGUCUACUGCAGGAAGUAAAUCGGAUGGCAGUGACUGUGAAGAGGGGGUCAUCAGUCUGGCCUCGACUGUAGAGAAGAUCAUGAAGAACCUGCGGCUUGAGAUCACUCAGUUGAGAAGAUCUCUGGAUGAAUCUAGGUCAGACACUGAGCGCUUGCAGAGUCUCGCGGAAAAACAAGCUCAACAAAUUUCGGAAAACACGCAGUACAUCAAGGAGUUAGAGAAUAGAGAGAGGGUUUUAACUCAAAAUGUUGAAGAACUCAUGAUCGAAAUAAAGGAAAGUGAAGCAGAGGUUGCUAGAUGGAGAGAAGCUUGCGAGCUAGAAGUUGAAGCUGGGAAAACUGAGAUUGGAGAACGUGAGAAAGUGAUCGCCAUUCUGAAGCAAGAAUUGGAGAAGACAAAGGCGGCUCUCGACAUAUCAAAUGGCAAACUGAAGAUGAAAGAAGAACUUGCAGCGACCGCUAUGGCUGCGCAGGCAGCAGCAGAGAGGUCCCUGCAGCUGGCCGAUAGCAGGGCAUCAGGACUACGGGCACGUAUAGAAGAACUAACAAAGCAAGUAGAAGAAGCAGAGAGCAGAGAGCGCAAUAACCGAAGGGUGAGACACAUAUGUUGGCCAUGGCGACUCCUGAAAGCUUCUAACAAUGCACAAAACAGUAUUAAGCCUGUAAGACGAUUCCUACCUGAAAUGCAAGCCUUGCUUCACUAUAGCGGGUGAUAAAUCAGUUACUUUUCGGAUCAAUUCAGUUGUAUUUGUUUGAAUUUGUUUCUUCGUUUAUUUUUUAGAUGUAAAGAAACAAUUGCUCGAGUACGAUUACAAUGUGCAGUGUUUCCUCCUU